GGACCCCAAGGAUACCCAGGAGGAGCCGUACCCCCACCACAAGGAGGGUAUAACCAGCCUAAAUACCCCCCAGCAGGGGCAGCACCAGGGUAUCAGCAGAGUUAUAAUAUUUCAGCCCAACCCCAGACAGCUGUAGUGAUGGUAGGGGGAUGUCCAGCCUGUAGGGUGGGUGUUUUAGAAGAUGAUUUUACAUGUCUAGGUGUGUUCUGUGCCAUCAUGUUUUUCCCCAUCGGUAUCUUAUGUUGUUUGGCCAUGCGACAGAGAAGAUGUGUGAAUUGUGGAGCAGUUUUUGGUUAA